AUGGGCCUCGCCGCCGGGAAUAAGGAUAUGGAUAUCUCCGACAUAGCCAAGAAGCUUGACCUCGCUAACAGCAAACUUCUGGUCAGAAAAGCUGCCGAGAUUCGCCGUCUUUGUGAUGCUCAGUUCGAUUCAUCCAUCAUCGGCGUUGGUGAGAUCUGUAAAGCUGUGAUAUGUCUGGAAAUCGCAGCCUCUAGGAUGCAGGUUAUAUUCGACAGACAGGCAGCGAUUAAGUUGAGUGGUAUGUCGGAAAAGGCUUACACCAGAUCAUUCAAUAGCCUCCAAAACGUUAUUGGGAUCAAGAUUAAGCUCAAUGUAAAAGAAUUAGCGGUUCAGUUUGGAUGCGUUAGGAUAAUCAAAUCCGUGCAAAACGUUCUAUCUUCGUAUAAGGAGAGGUUUCUUGCGUCACUACCAGCAUCAAGAAGGGCAAAUGCUGACUUCACUAGACCUGUUUUUACAGCAGCAGCUUUCUAUUUGUGCGCCAAGAAGCAAAAGCUCAAGGUAGAUAAGCUUAGGUUGAUUGAAGUUUGUGGAACAUCAGAAUCUGAAUUCUCUUGUGUGUCGACAUCAAUGACAGACCUUUGCUUCGACUUUGUUGGGGUCUCAAAGGAAAAGAAAGAUGCAAAGGGCGUGAAAGGAAACCGUGACUUGCUUGAUGUGUUACCUGAAAAGAGGAGACUAGAGGAUGGUGGAUAUUCAUCUGAUGAUGAGUCUUCGUGUUACAAAAGACACAAGAAGAUGGAGGAGACUAAGUAUGAGGACUGGAAAUCUACAGUCGUUAAUUCCAUCAAGCAGAAUCCAGAGAAAGGAACGAAGAAAGCUAUACAGACCAGUCUCAAUUUCUCAAAGAAGACUGAGACCAAAGAGUUGAAAGUUGAUUCAUAG